AUGAAGUACCAGCACCACCUGCACGCGGCGGGCUCGCCCUCGCCAGGCGCGCCGCUCAACCCCUGGGCCUCGCUUCCGCCCACCGACCCUUGGGGCAUGCACCAGCACCACGCUCACGCGCACGCCCCCGACGUUAAGCCGCCCGCCGCGCCGCACGACCACAGGCAUCUCCAGGGCGGCUGGCACGCGCCCGUGGUAUCCGCGCAUUACGGCGCCGGCUCCCCCGUGGCUCUGCACGGCGGAUACCCGGUGCCCGUCCACCAGCACCACAUGCUGCGCGACGUGCAGCCCUCGCCGCACGCACUGCACCACCACCACGCGCUGGAGCGCGACCAGCCCGAGGAAGACACGCCGACGAGCGACGACCUCGAGGCCUUCGCCAAACAGUUCAAGCAGCGGCGGAUCAAGCUCGGCUUUACGCAGGCCGACGUGGGCCUCGCGCUGGGCACACUCUACGGCAACGUGUUCUCGCAGACGACGAUUUGCCGCUUCGAGGCGCUGCAGUUGAGUUUUAAGAACAUGUGCAAAUUGAAACCGUUAUUACAAAAGUGGCUGGAGGAGGCCGAUUCGACGACCGGCAGCCCCACCAGUAUCGACAAGAUAGCGGCGCAGGGCCGCAAGCGCAAGAAGCGCACCUCCAUCGAGGUGUCGGUGAAAGGCGCGCUCGAGCAGCACUUCCACAAGCAGCCGAAGCCAUCGGCACAGGAGAUCACGUCGCUGGCGGAUAGCCUGCAGCUGGAGAAGGAGGUGGUGCGCGUGUGGUUCUGCAAUCGGAGGCAAAAGGAGAAGCGCAUGACGCCGCCGAACACGCUGGGCGGCGAGAUGCUGGAGGGCAUGGGCCACGGCCACUACGCGCACGACGUGCACGGCUCGCCACCGCUGCAUGCGCAUUCGCCCGCGCUCUCGCCGCCGCACUCGCAGCACUCGGCCCACGCCCACGCGCACUCGCAACACGCGCCGCACGGCCAGCACGGACAGCACCCGCUCCAGAGCGCCCACACGCUGGCGGCGCACUAA